AUGUCUUAUUCACACCAACAACAACGCCUCGAGCCCCUCCGCCGUGCGGAUGUGGACCCGACUUGCAGCCGCCAACGAGCACACUCGUCGUCUCGCUCCAAAUCCCGUUCCCGAACGGAGUCGACCCACAGCUCGCGCCAUGCUCCCCAGCCUAUGCCACCUAUGCCUGCUAUGCCCACUAUGCAACCCGCUUCUCACCACUCCUCUCACAGUCGCACUCACCUCCAGCCUCACUCCAACGACGACGAGUCAUUGCGCUCCGCCUUUGACGACGAUUCUGACGAUGAAGUCGCCAGGGUCGAAAAGCCGAGAUCCAAAAAAGGGUCCUUCUUCGGGAUCUUCAAGUCGAAGAAGGACCACCCAAAGGCCCCAUCACAGCAGUACCUCGCUGAGGCUCAUGCUGCGGCUCAAGCCAAAGCCCAAAAAGGCCUGCGUCGCCGAUCACGCUCUGUUGGCUCGUUCGAUGUUCAUCCCACUCUGUAUUACUCGCGCUACGCCCCAGUCCCCAUUGCCAAUAUCUACGGGAACGAGCAAGCCACUCGCUCGACAAAUGCAUUGUCUCCCCAAAGGGCCCAGCCCACGACUCCCCAAGGGCGUUCGCGUCUUCAUUUGGCUGUCCCUUCCCCGCUUAGUCUUGGCCAGAGCAAUGGCAGGACGGAUACCAAGAACACCUUCAGCAAAAGCUGCACCCUCACCAAAUCGCGUGACCCAAAUGACCCAGAUCUGCCCAACGACUACAACCACCCAUGGUUCUAUCGCAACAUGCAGGAAGCCAGGGCGGCAGAGCAACGCCAGGCCCAAGAUUUCGAGCAGCGUCGGGCUCGCGAGGCUGCCAGGCCCAUUCCUAAGCGUGUCAAUGCGCUUCCUCCCGACGAUGUUGAGCCCCGGCGCAAGCGACCUGAGUAUUUCGACCAAAUGGCUGCUCCUGCUCAGUAUCGGUCGCGUUGA